AUGUCACUGAUUCCUCUUGCCGCAUCAGCACCUCCCGCUCCAGGCCUUGCGCCACUGGAUCCCGCAGAACACUCCACCGAGAUACACGCUGCCGCCAGGAUAGAUGCUAUUGUUGAUCGAUCUAAUUUAUGUGUAGAUUAUCUCCUCAAUUUUCAAGUUGCCUUCGAACAGGUGAUGCCAAGGCUCCGUCGUAUGCAGCUUGGGUUCGAUGACGCGGUGAUGGGGUUCAAUGACAUGGAGGAGGCGCUUGAUUGGUUAGAGGAGAUGAUCCAAGGAAUGACGGGGACACUCAAGAAGAUGUCACAUGUCGUAGUUGAGAUACUUGAUAGCAUAGAUGAAACGUUUGAUGUCAUGGUGGAAGGGAUUUGUGCAUUGGAGGAGAAGGUCGAAGUGAUAGAAGAUGAUAUCGAUGAAUUGAUCUACGGCGACGGAUUAUGGCCUAUUCGAAUUUGCAAUCAUCGAUGCUCAUCGGAUGAUCCAUUGAUCUGGCCUCCCGUCUCUGAUACUCCCUAUCCAACUGGGAAGCCCGAAACUCUUGCAGAACUCCAAUCAAUGAACGCCGAGAUGUGUACGGCUCUCGCUGCCGCGUUACACCUUCGACCUCCUCCUGGUCAACUUCAGUCCACACUCGAGUGGAGAAGAAAUCAAGUAAUUAAUCAUCUUGGAUGUGCGGAAUGAGUCAUUCUAUUGCGUUGCAUAAUGAUACUAUUAUCUUUGUGUUCGUUAUAGUAAAAUGUUCCUCGGUCGUGUACAUGAUACGUUGUUUAGUCUCUCAUACCCUCUAGUUGUAGGCCACGAUGUGUGAUGGUUAUCCACAUCACCGCAAAAAUAUCGAACGUGUGUAAAGACCGUGA